GACGCCCCGACUGGAUCCGCACGGGGCGACUGGGCCACCUACGCGGACUCUCCCCCGCGCCUCUUCCAGAGCGCGCUCGGGGUGCGGGAGAGCGCCCGCGCGAGCGUCGCACAGCCGCUGGCGGCCAACGGGACCAGCUGCGACCUCAAGGUCGAUGUCGGGCAAAGCUGCAAGGCCUUCGCUUCGCUGAGGUCCAACGGAGAUCGUCGCUUCACCUGGUGGACCUCGUGGGUCCGGUACUUCCUCAUCUGCACCGGGCAGCAGGCGUGCGUCAGGCGCAUGCAGGACAGCGGCCACACCCCCGCGAAGCUGUCGACCGACUCCUGCUGCGAGGUGGUCACAGAGCUCGUGGAUGCUCGCUGGAUGAUCUACGGUGUGCUCGUUCUCUUUUUGCUGGUGUCGCUCAGUGUCGUCCUGUGUUCUUACAGGGCAGGGAUGCGACGCAAACCGACACCGCCGAAAUAUUGGAACCUGCACCCGCUAUCAUCUCAGCUUGCGCCAUGCGGGACUUUGACACACUGGUGGCGGAGGUGGCGCUACCGAUUCAGAGACAAAUAUCAUUGGAAGGUUGACGUCACUGAUGAGUGUGGCGCUCAUGUGCAGGCGUUGUUCGACUGCAGGUCUGACGCAGAUCGAAUGGGCAAGGGGAACGAUGGGAAGUGGGUCAAGCACAACAAGUUCGUGGUCGAGAAGGUGUGGCGCAUAGAGAACGGGAAGUUAUCGGCCGCCUACGCGCGGGCGCGGGCGUCGAUCCACUCGGUGGAGCGGCAGCCGCCCGCCGUCACGGACGCCGGGGUCGGGAGGAAGAGGCCCAGACCACUUCGGGUCCUUCUGGGCCUGGAGGCUUUCUCCGAAGGGCUUAGGCUCGCCGCUCAGUUCGAGCGCUCCCUCGACCUGCAGACCUUCAAGAACGAGGUGCUGCUAUUCCACGGCUGCCCCGGCAAGGGCGCCCGGGACCCCAUCGGCAGGCGCGGCACGCGGCUGUGGCUGGCUCCGGAGGAGCCAUCGCCCGUCGACGCGGUGUGCAAGCAGGGGUUCGACGACCGCCUGGGCAAGCUGGAGGGCAUGCUCGGCUCGGGGACCUACUUCGCGGACAUGGUCAGCAAGGCCGACUGCUACUCGGGCAAGUACAACCCUCUGGACGUGGACGAGACAGACUAUACCCACCCGGACUACUCGCACGCCACGAUGUUCUUGGCCCGUGUGACGUUGGGCACCCCGUACGUCGCAGAGCAGCCUUUGGAGGGUCUGAGAAGGCCUCCUUGCUAUGAAGGCCACUUCGACACGAACGUCAUGAGCAUAGAAGUGAAGCACGCCGGGAGCAAGCCAUGGACUGAGAAAGGUCUUCAGAUCAAGCUCUGUGACCAUGGCCGUUUUGACUCCGUGAUUACGGAUCGGAGGCUUGGCAGCGGCAGGCUGUGGAACGAGUACGUGAUAUACGGCAAGCAGGCGUACCCGGAGUUCCAGGUGCAGUAUCGUAGAGCGAAGGCUUCCUCCUCACCAGGGAGGAGAAGGCACGGAAAUCGAAGAUCUGCGUUCGCACUAAGCAGUUCAUCGACGACUUCAUGGCGGACCCCAAGAAAGUGGCGUCUUUGGAGGCCAAGGGCAUCGCCCAGGAGGACAUGCGCAGGUACCUGCAGGGCCGCGGCCUUAGCGGCAGCCGCCCGUGGCGGCCCGGCGGAGCUGCGCGCCCCGAGCCGGCACCGACCCGGUGGUAUACGCCAGAGAGCGCCCCCGUCCCCUGGCCGCGGCCAAGGCCCCGACUGCCUGGACUUCGACGACUGGGUGAAGCAGCUGCUUGCGGCCCGCUCGUGGUGGGAGGCGGGCGAGGAGUACACGAUCACGGGCUGAGAGCGGCAGCCUCGCCGCCUCGCGCCCGGAGUGCACCGCUCGCCCACCUCGCCCACCUCGCAAGGAGACGGGCCUGCCGAAGCUCACCUGGCGUUGCACGUGUGGGGGGCUGCCCUGGGCGAGCUGAUGCACUUGUUCGUUGGCGUCGCGGCCCCGCGCGCGGCGACGGGGCGCAGAAAGUUUAGCGCAGGCAGCGUAACGCGCGCGUCUACGCCCCGCCGAGCCCUCAGAGACCGCUUGGGGCCUAGCAGCCAGCAGCAGCCGCAACCAACCGUCAGAGCGCCGCCACGUGCGGCGGUGCUUGGGCACAGCUUGGCCGCGAGGCAUCCGCACGCUUGGCCGAGUGGGCAUGGUGCCGCACAUCGCGGGGCUGAGAGCGUCGUCCAGCUUCCGCCGGCGGAAGCCGGCGCACGGUGGGAGAGAGGCCGUGGCCGAGGUGGGGUGGGCCCAGGACUCCAGCGUCGCGCUUCUUGCCCGC